GUGGGAUAUUAACGCAUGAGUUAUUUAAUAUACAUGAACACUAUGAUUUCCUUUGUAAUAAGUUGGCUUUAACGUCUUUGAUCAGUUGUGUUUUAAUUAGACAUAAAAAUAACAUAUUACGAGUAUUUUCCAGAUGCGUGAUACAAUUAAUAACAAAAAGGAGCAAGUUUAUCGUGCUUAUCAGUAAAUAAUAUAAGUUUCGUUUUUCGAAAAUUUUCGACAAGUUAAAUAGGAAAAGAUAUGUUUGUAUAAAUGAGAGGCAGUAUUUGAACAUCUUAACUGACAGUUGAAAGUCAUCGUUUUCGGUAUUUCGGACUCAUUAAUUAAAACAACGGUGAUAUAUUGACAUUGGAAUUUGGUUACAUCACCAGGCGCAAUUUUUGUUUUCCUUCAUUUGAAAUACCAUACACACUUUCUACUGAUAAAGUCAGGACUUUAUCAGUAUUUUGGUUUGUAAUAGUAACAAAAUUAAUAGAAUAGAAUCACCGGAUUAAGAUAAUACCGUGACUCAUAACCGUUCUGUUAUCAUUUUCCACUAACUGUCAACUGUGAUUUAACAUUUAACCUUGUGAAAUAAGUACAGUUUUUGUAGGUGUAUCUGAACAAAACAAAGAUUGAUAAAAAAUAUUUCAUUUUUUAAGGGACUGUUCACCUGUUAUCAAGCUUAAUUGGUUUCGAAAUAAAAACGGAACUUUUAACGUGAAAUUGUUACAGAAAUAUUUGAAGAAUCUUUAAAGAUGGCGGAACUCUGAUAUGGAGAAUCAGAAUCCGAACGCAGUACAAAGGAGUGUAUUAAAGAAGACACAAAAGAGGUUGAACAGGUUAAUUCGCCUACUGAUGAAGAAUGCACAUAUAUCAAAGCGGGCCAACAGUGACCGAAAUGACAUAUUGGAUGAGUUUUUCGCGCGGUCUUUAGCUAGUAAAAUGUUUACAAAUGGAUUUUCUGUCGGACCUUUCGGAUUAACAACGCCAGUACCAGAUAUUUCUGAAAGAGAAACAUCUAGUGUGGCACCUACGCCACAAAACGAGUUUGAAGCUUUAGAAGCGGAUAUGGGCACAAUUUGUAAUGACAUAAGGGGACGGGACAGGGCGUGUUGUAACUCAGCUAGCAAAUGUUUCGAUGAUGUGAAAGGAGUUGUUGAUGAGUUAGACAACACACCAGUAGAUUCUUUCUCUCUCAUGUCGGCAUGCAGAAAAGUAAGCGCAGAGUUGAAAAGAGACAAAGUUUGUGUUCAGCGUUCAUUAUCUCGUUGUGGCGGCCCGGACAGGAUCAUCUUACAGAGAAGGUUUGAUAACCGUGUAGACAGACUGUAUAACCAGUUUUAUAAACACUGUAGCAGACGUCCAACAAAUGCAUCAACCUCCACCACCCAAAUAACACCAACUACAACACUAGGAGGUUCUAGAAUUUCUGGUAUAACACGAAAAGAGGAGACCACCCCCGAUCCUCAUAUUCCAUCAGCGGUACAGCCCACAUCAUCAUGGACCAACGCAUUUCCGGAAGUUACUCCUCAUGAUCAUAGGGGACACAGUCAUGGAGGACAUACCGUAGGUGGCGCUGAGCAUAGCCCCUCUACUUCCGGUGCAAUAAUCGCCGGGGCGUUAACUGGCGGUAUAGUUCUGGGAUUGGUUCUUUUCGUGGCAGUGAUAUUGUGGUGCAAAAACAGACGAGACAAGAAUGGUUCAAAUGGCUCGUCGGAUAGUGCUGGCAUUUUCUUUCAGAAGCGACCAAACAUGUUCUCUACGGAGAGACCAGGAGCAGACAACAACAACAAACCGCCUGUAACUAGACAAGAAUCCACAAUAUAUGCCGAAAUAGAUGAAGCCAUGGUUAAUCCUGGAUACAAACCUCCCGUUCCUGGCACUUUAACUCAUAUGGGUUACCUUAAUCCUGUAAGCGACGGAGAUCCAGACUCAUACACACCACCGCCAACUUCCGGUCGGGAAACCAAUGCUCCAGCGGUCACCACUCGCGGUCAGCUCAGUUAUGGACCAAUACUGGCAGCUAAUGGUGGACCUGGACAAAACAAACACCUCUUUUACGCUUCGACUUCCAUGACUGACACAAAUGUUCACAAUCGCGAAACUAUUUUGACACCCAGAAACUUACCCCCACUAACCGGAAACGGAAGUGGAUCUCCAGACGACAAUUACUUGACUGCUGAGUCCAUUGAAUCUUCUCAUGAUGGCAGUUUGGACGAUUACGAGGAACCAGUAAGUACAUACAACUCUAUACGGUAUACUGACCUAACAGAUGGUGCCCCGCCCGAACACAAUGCACCGGAUGUUCCACCGGAAACAAAUGUCAAAAGUGCUCCAAAAACUACUCCUAAGAAAAAUGGAAUACAAGUUCUUCCUUCGAAUCCAUUUAAACCAUUCGGCUCUUCUCAAGAUUUGCAAUCAUCUGACUCUAUUCAACCUAUUGCCAAACCUAGACGUAAGAAAACCGGAGUAGAUGACGUAUCACAGGAAACAAAUCCACGUGCAGUGUCGGCUGCAUCUGAGAAACAGGGUGAAAUGGAACUUUUAAAGAGAUCGGAUGCAAUGGCUUCCAAUAGAGAUUCAGCAAUGUCUGACUCAAGCACUAAAUCAAGCCACCAUUAUUUCGUUCUGGAGCCUGAUCACGACCACAUGGACUAUGAAAAUUCGGUCAGCUCCCCAAAACUAGUGUAGGAAAACUCAAGGUGAACUACUUUUUAUAAAAAAAUGAAAGUAUGUCUGUUUUCGAAUGUGACU